GCUAGCCGGUUCAUCUCUAGUCUCCACAUCCCUAUCUCAAUAAUUCCGGGCGAAGGCUGUAUUGAUUCCAACCAUUGCUGCGUUCCCGGCUGCACAAGGCAGACGUGAGUGUUGUGCAUAUAACUGCUUCCUCUGAAGAAACAUUGCAGAUUCGAAAAUGAGCGGAGGCGAUUAUGACGGCGCGACUCCCGCCAAGCAACACAAGCCCAACGAACCUGUGCCAAUAUUCGUGGUAGGCGAAGAAAUUAUUGAGGAUAAUGAUGAGGAAGUCCAAGAAAUGGUGCAGGAGCCGAAUGUGAUCAUUGUGCAAGCUCAUCAUGCAUCUCAAAGCGUAGUGGGUGAGACCCAUGAAGCAACCCAGGCAGUUGCUGAAGACGAACAAUAUCAUACUGAUGAUUCGCAGAGCAUCGUGUCCGAUGAUGGACAACGCGAUGUACAGAACGUGAAGCAAAUUUUGAUCGUCAGUGAAAUUGAUUCUGAUGAUAACGACAACGGCGAACGGGAAAGCGAUGCCGGAGCUUCCGAUAAUGAAUACGAAGCAUAUGGUGAUCACGAUUCCCAAAUUGAUGUUGACAAAAUGAAGAAGGUCAUGGUCGUCAGUGGAGGUGACUCAGAUGAUGACAGUUUCUGCGAUGGCGGGUCAGAAAAUUCUGACGAUAAUAACGGUCUGCCUCCAGAAUGGCAGAUGAAUUGUCAACCUGGCGCGGCACCAUUCUAUUACCACAUCCCAACUGGUGCCGUCACCAAUAUUAGGCCAUAUGUACCUGGCUACAAGAAGAGCCAUUCUCGCACUAUGGGCUAUGAACUCAGCGAGGAAGAGUAAAAUAAUUACUAUUAACCAUCAAUUAUAUUAUUAAACUAUGCAGUUUAUUCGGCUCGCUCCGAACUGCAUAUAUAUAUUGGAAUAUAAAUUUAAAUAUUAAUGAUUAAUGAUUUCCGUAUCACACUUGAUGUAAUCUAUGAGAUAUGAGAAUAUGACCUCUUCUAGAGAUGUUUUACUCAGUAGGAACUGUACUUUCUUUUACUAUUAGAAAAUUACCAGAGGUUGUGUGUUUUUAAUUUGACUGAAUAGUUGUUUACUUAUAUUUUACUAUUGUAUGAAUUAUAUUGUACUAUCAUUAUCAUUGAUCAUUUUUCAUUGAAAAUGAAAUUGAUGUACUGUAGCAUAGUCAAUCAGUAGGUGUUAUUGAAUGUCUAUUUACACAAAAGUCAUUGUGAAACAUAUUUAAUACUAUAAGACUUGAGGAAACUAUGGAUGUACUGAGAUACUCUUACUUGUCCUAUUCUUGUAAACUAUUUAUUUAUUCACCCCUUGUUUAGUUGAAUUAAUUUCGGUUCAUUGAAAAUGGAUCGUUUCAGGAAAUUAUUUCUCUCAAGUUACUAUCUAAUUUUUUAAAGUUUAUUUGGGAUGUGAUAAUAAAACUAUGGGAGCUUUAAGCGAUAUUGCGUGCUAGAGUAAGAUUUUGGAAAGUUGAAAUUAAUUAUGAAUAUUAUCUAGAUACACAAAUUGCCUAGUUCUAGGAUGGACAUGAAAUGUUUAGAACGAAAUGAGCUUUUACUCGAAUAGUUUCUUUGGAUAACGGAAUAUUUAUUUAAUAGACUAUCCCCGACUGAUUCAUUUAUAUUUUGAAUCUUACUGUUGAAACUUAAGACAUUUUUGUACAAACUUAUUUUGUAUUCAUGUUUCAUAUAUAAUUUAAACUAAAAUUAAGAAUUUAUUUACUAUGAAAUUGUAUCCGAGCCACAUAAUUAAAUAUUAAAUUUGAGGUGUUUAUUGGAAAAGUCUAAUGUUGCGACCGCAAACUUUAUUGGUACCAAUAAAAAAAAAAAAACUUACUACUUGAGGGUAGUUCGAAUUCACUGAGUCGCCCUAUACCUUUUGGGAUCAAGUCAGUCAAGUAUCAAGAAGUUUAUAUUUUAUAUAAUCAUGGUUUAAAAAAUCUACAUGAGCUUAGAAACAUGAGGGAACAUAGCUUAACAAAACUCGGUUAUUUUUAAAUACCUUCAGAUAUAUUAUGUGGUCGAAACAUUAGUACUUGAUAACUGGAUCUAGGUCCAGUAGGAUUUGACAGGGAUUAUAUAAUAUUUAGAAUCACUUAUUAUAUGGCUCGGGAUCUAUAUAACCGAUGUAAUUAAUGUGAAUUUUAAACACUGUCUUGGUGGAAAUAAAUAAAUUUGAU